CCCCGCCCCCUCCUCCCCGAGGAGACACGGGGGGCAGACAGCCUCACCCACGGGUGCUGAGCUUGCCGAGACUGAAGCAGGAGGAGGCUGUGACCAUGGUGGAGUCUCAGCAGCUGCUGCUGGCUGCCCUGUGCCUGCUGGGAGUGCUGGUGACUUCCUGCCUCGGAGGGCCCGGCGACUCAGAGCUCCCGCUGAGACUGCAAGGCUCCAGCUCUCCGUGCCAGGGCCAGCUGGAGGUCCACUUCGACGGCAAGUGGCACACGGUGGACAGCCAGAGCUGGGGCCGCGGCCCGAACCGCCGGGAGGACCCCAAGCGGGUCUCCGGUCUCUGCCAGAAGCUGAACUGCGGGGACGCCUUGGUCCUGGCCCACAUCUCUCACUUCAACAGCCCCCAGAACCACGUCAUCUGCUACGGGCAGCCGGGGUCCUUCUCCAGCUGCAACUCCAGCAUGGCACACAAGGGGGUCCCUCUGGGCCUGAUCUGCUUAGAGCUGCCGAAGACGAGCCCUCCUACCACGAGGCCGCCACCCACCACGCCAGAGCCCACAGUGCCUCCCAGGCUGCAUCUGGUGCCAGGGCCCGAGGGGCUGCGGUGCAUGGGCGUGGUGGAGUUCUACAGGGGCAGCCUGGGUGGCACCAUCAGCUACGAGGACCAGGACGGGCCCAAGGACCAGGACGGACCCAAGAACCUGGGGGACCUCAUCUGCGGGGCCCUUCAGUGUGGCUCCUUCCUGAAGCGCCUGCCAGAGGCCAGGGCAGCCAGGAAGCAGGCCCCAGGGGAGACCGGGCCCUUGCCAAUCCGGUGGGAGAUCCAGGACACCAACUGCACCUCCCUGGAGCAGUGCUUCAGAAAGGUCCAGCCCCGGAAGGACGGCCAAGUCCUCGCCCUCAUCUGUUCUGAUUUCCAGCCCAAGGUGCAGAGCCGCCUGGCAAGGGGCAGCAGCACGUGUGCGGGCUACGUGGAGGUGCGCCGGGGCCGGCAGUGGGAGGACCUGUGCCACCACUCGCCCUUCAAGGUCCCCUCCCGGUGGAAGGAGGUGUGCCAGGAGCAGCGGUGCGGCAACCUCAGCUCCUUCGAGGUGCUGGAGGCCGGAGACCAGACCUCCCGGGGGCUCGUCUGUCACCAGGAGAAGCUGUCCCAGUGCUACGAGUUUCAGGAGAUAACCCACUGCCAGAGGGUGUUAGUCACGUGCAAGGAUCCGAACCUGGCGGGCCUGGGCGCGGCCGCCGUGGCGAGCAUCAUCCUGGCCCUGGUGCUCCUGGUGGUGCUGUUGGUUGUGUGCGGCCCCCUCGCCUACAAGAAGCUGGUGAAGAAAUUCCGCCAGAAGAAGCAGCGCCAGUGGAUCGGCCCGACAGGAAUGAGCCAGAACAUGUCUUUCCACCGUGAUCACGCGACCACAGUCCGCCGAUCCCAGGCCGAUAACCCCACAGCCUCACACGUGGAGAAUGAGUACAGCCAGCCUCCCAGGAACUCCCAGGUCUCCGCUUAUCCAGCUCUGGAGGGGGCCCUGCAUCGCGUCUCCACCCAGCCCGACAACUCCUCCGACAGUGACUACGACCUGCACGGGGCUCAGAGGCUGUGAGAGACCCGGGAAACGGGAACCGACAUCCAGAGCCAAAACGUUUGUCCUGAGAACAUUCUGCAUUUGCCGCUUGGAAAUACGUCCCCCCGGUUUCUGCCCCCGCCAGAACCCGGACGGAGGGCAGGGGGCCUUUCGAACAUCCCCGCAGGAGAGGCCUGGCCCAGGGGAGACCCGCCCGACAGCUCCGCCGACCCCGCAAGUGUGGCGGCUGGGAAAGGGCCGAGCCCACAAACAAGGAGCCACCCCCACCCCGGGCAGAGACAUCUGGGGGGGCCAGGCCCCAGAAGCCCCCGCCCCUGUCUGUGGGGAGCAGCGCCCGAGCAGAAGGGGCUCUCUGCUCAGGCCUGGACCCCAGUGAGGACUGACGGGACGCUCACGGUGCGGUGUGGGGACAGGUGGGAGCUGAGUACUCUACUGUAUUUCCAAUAUGUUGUUUGUAAAUAAUGCCUUUUCUACUU